AUGUCCAACCAAAUUCGAACGAUCUCGCCCUCCACUGGAGAGGCCAUCUUUGAACACCCCGGCCACUCCAUCAGCCAAGUCCGCCAGAUUGCAAAUGUUGCAAAAGAUGCCUGCCACUCGUUCAGAUCACUUAUACUCGGAGAACGCAAGGCAAUUGUUGCCAAGUUCUUGACCAUCCUCUCCGAGAACAAGGAGAAGCUUGCGAGUGAAUUGACACAGCAAAUGGGGCGUCCGAUCUCCUACACUGCGGGGGAAAUCGACACGGCCUGCAAGCGCGGAAAUUACCUUCUCUCGAUUGCAGACAGCAGUCUGCGGACCAUCCCCGGAGAGCCAGAAGAAGGAUUCAGGCGAUUCGUCAAGAAAGAGCCCGUUGGACCAGUCCUGAUCUCCACAGCCUGGAAUUAUCCCUACCUGAUCACCAUCAACGCCCUAAUCCCAGCCCUCCUCGCCGGAAACCCUGUUAUCCUGCGCCCCUCCCCCCAAACACCACUCGUGGGCGACCGGCUGGCCUCCUAUUUCCACGAAGCGCAGUUACCGAAACCAUUCAUGCAGGUGAUCCACUGUGCAUCGUGCGAAGUCCUUGGCGACAUCACCACCAUCCCUGAAAUUAAACUCGUCUGCUAUGUGGGGUCGACAUCGGGGGGUCUCCAGCUUCGGACAGCUUCCGCACGCAGACUCCUCCCACUUAACCUGGAACUAGGGGGUAAAGACGCGGCGUAUGUGCGUGAAGAUGCGGAUUUGAGGUAUACAGCUGCGCAGAUUGUUGACGGGGCGGUGUUUAAUUCGGGGCAGAGCUGCUGUUCCAUUGAACGGGUUUACGUGCAUUCUGACGUGCAUGACGUCUUUGUGGAGGAGGUUCAAAGGGAACUAGCAGCGUAUGUCGUCGGCGACCCCACUGAUAGGGCGACCACCGUGGGGCCUGUGAUCUCGAAUCAAGCUGUCAGGAAUAUACAGGGUCAUAUAGACGACGCCGUUGCCAAGGGUGCCAUUGAUGUUACCCCCAACAGCCCUGGUUUACACUCGCCCCCGAAACUUGGCAGCUAUAUUGCGCCCAGAGUCCUUACGAAUGUGUCUCACAAUAUGAAUGUGAUGCGCGAUGAGACAUUUGGUCCUGUAAUCCCUAUUAUGCAAGUCAACAAUGACCAGGAAGCAGUUGCCGCAAUGAACGAUAGUGAGUACGGCCUAACGGCAAGCGUCUGGACAAGGGAUAUCCAGCGUGGCGAGGCCCUAAUCGACGAAAUCGAAGCCGGGACUGUCUUUAUUAACCGAUGUGACUACCCGAGUCCGGACCUUGCAUGGGUAGGCUGGAAGAAUUCAGGACUGGGAUCCUCGUUAGGACCACAGGCAUUCGAUGCGUUUUAUAAGUUGAAGAGCUUCCAUAUUCGUGAGAGUCAGUGCUAG